AUGGCCCUACACGCCAAAGACAGCCCGCCAGUCAAGAUCGGCAAGAAGUACGCAGGCGGCAAUGGCGCUCACGCCCAGCACACCACAAAUGAGGCUCGUAAUUCAGGGGUGAGGGCUAGAGAGGUGGUGACUAUCGUCAUCAACAGCAGAACCGUCCGCGAGAUGGGCCUCGACACCCUCACCCGUUUCUCGCAAGCAGCUGCGGCACAAUUCCCACGCGCAACUAUCAUCAUCAAGGAGAACACCCGGAAUGCUUUGCCCGGUGACGGCUCGAUCGAAACCACGGAAGCUGAGAAGAGCCCUGAAGGCGCGCAAAGCAGUUCGGUCAGCCCGGCGGGAACGGUCACCAAUACCGACGUCACGAGCACACACAACCAUGUGUAUCACGUUGGGAACUCCCAAUCCGCCAAAUUCCCGUCCCUCAAGGCCUUCGAGUUCGUGUUCGACUGGAUGGAGCGCGCGAAGCACACUCCGCGCGGCAAUCACCCAGAGCCGUGCGCCGUUCACGCCAAUAACAUGCAGCAUGACGAAGCUGAUUUUCACUUUCUUUGCGAAGUCUACGACGUCACUCGCAUCCUCGACAUUCGACCAACCCCACACAAAGCAGUCGAGCAGGUCAUGACUUACGUGUCCGUCAACAAGCCAUCCCUGAACACAUUCAAGGCGUUGACCAACGUCCUUCCCGCCGACGACAAGGUUGUGACCCGUAAAGUCACAUCGUUCUUUCAGCAUGGCAAGAAGGGUUGCUACAAGGGCUCGGAAAUCGACGAAAUCAAGGCCUCCGUCCGCACUGUCAAUGAUGAUGGUGUGCUCUGGUCUCGUUUUGCGGCCAUCGAGACGUCCCGGGUGAAAACUGAGCGAGGCGAGAUUCAAUGGGUUUUACAGCGGGCAAAGCUGGCAAGACACAUACCUAUGGGAACGAUCAAUAUCUCCACGCCCACCGUUCAUACACUCAUCACCCUUCACGAGCAUCUCCCUCUCUACGACGUACUCAUCACCGAGUUAAUCAUCUCUCACUUCAAACAUCUCCAGGCUGGCACCCAUGAGAGCGAAGACGUGACCGGCAUGCAGGAUUACGUCAAGACGGUCGACAUCAAGCUGCACGAUCGUUUCGCGGCCAUCGAGAUGACUUUCCCGAACCAACACGUCUUCCCCUCGAGGUACGCCGGCAAGAAGAGGCAGGGCGCAGGGAAAGCCUGA